AUGCCACUGUCACUGUCUAUUUUUGAAUCAAAUUCUAAUGAAAAUAAUAUCACAGUGGUUUUGGAAAUUUUAGAUUUACAUACUACAAAAGAUAUCACCGAUAUUACAACUAUACUAAAUAAAUUAUUCCCUAAACUCAUAUCCAAAGAUUUCCAUCAUCAACAACUCACAAUUAUAUAUGAUUCUUAUGAUUAUGAUGAUAUUAGUAUAUUAAAUGCCAUAUCAGAAAUUGGUUUCCCCGUGAAAAUCCUUUCCAGUACUGCACCACAAUAUAAAACAACAGUUAAUAUUCAAGGUAUGACUUGUGGUGCAUGUUCAGCUUCUAUAACUGAAGCUUUGGAGAAAACUCCUGGAGUUUAUAAAGCAUCAAUUUCAUUAAUCACAGAAAAUGGAUUAAUUAUUCAUUCACCUAAAUUAUCAAUUGAAAAUAUUAUAACCAUUAUUGAAGAUUGUGGAUUUGAUGCUCAAAUUGAAAGUUCCAAAACUAAACAUACACAAUCACAAUCACAAUCACUACCAAAAACUUCUCAACCACAAAGAUUCAAAACUACUAUUGGAAUAAUUGGAAUGACAUGUGGUGCUUGUUCUGCUUCAAUAACUAAUGUCAUAGAAAAAUUACCGGGAGUAGAAAAUGUAUCGGUUUCAUUAAUAACUGAAGAAGCUUCUAUUAUUCAUGAUUCAACCAUCACAAUUCAACAAUUAAAACAAACCAUUGAAGAUUGUGGAUUUACUGCAACAUUCACAAAAUCAAUAAAUUUAAAUCAAUAUUCAUCAAAUAAUAAUAAUAAUGAGGAUGAUUCCAAUGAACAAGUCACAUUAAAAAUUGUUGGAGUUAAUCAUACUACUGAUUUAAUUGGUUUACGAUAUAAUAUUGAAGCUUAUUUACGAAGUAUAUCAGGAAUUCAAAAAUUUGAUUUAACAUUACGUGGAAUGAAUGCAAGUUCAGAUAUAAUGCCUACACAAGUUGGUACAUUAAUAACUGAAGAAGAUACUAUUACUGAUGUUAAAAAUCUUGUUAAUGAAUUAGUUUUCCAAUAUGAUUCAGAUAAUGUUGGAAUAAGAGAUAUUAUCGAUGGAUUAAAUUCUAUUGAUCAUGGUAAUAAUAAUAAUAAUAAUAUUGAAUUUAUGGUGAUAAAUUCAUUAGAUCAAUCUUCAACUACUCAAUUGAAAUUAUUAUCAAAAAUUAAAGAUAUUAAUUAUUGGAAAAAUAUUUUUAUUCAAAGUCUUAUAUUUGGUAUUCCAGUAUUAUUUUUAAAUCAUACCAAAAAUUGGCCCAUUUGGGAAACUACCAUGAUUUUCCCCGGAUUAUAUUUGGUAUCUUUAUUGGAAUUAAUAUUAAGUAGUUAUAUUCAAUUAUGUUUAGGAGCAAUAUUUAUUAGGAAAUUUUCAUCAUUUUUAAGAAAAGGUUUUAAAGGUGCUACAAUGGACGUAUUAGUUUGUAUAUCAACCAUGUGUUCAUAUAUUUUUUCACUUACAACUAUUAUUGUUAGUGUUUGGAAUGGAAAAAAAGAUGGUGCCCCACCAGUAUUAUUUGAUACUUUAGUUAUGUUAAUUUCAUUUGUUUCAUUUGGGAAAUUAUUAGAAAAUAAAGCUAAAGGGGCAACAUCAACAGCAUUAUCAAGUUUAUUAUCAUUAACACCAUCAAUUUGUACUAUUAUUAAUGAUAUUCCUGAAUAUGAAAAAUUCAUUAAUAUACAACAAAAUCAAUCAAUUGAAAAAUCAGAAAAUAAAAUUAAAAAUAAAAAUUCAUCUUUUAUACAAGAUUUCCCCACUAGAGUUAUAAGUAUUGAUUUAAUACAACCUAAUGAUAUUGCUAUUGUUUUACCUGGAGGUAAAAUACCUGCUGAUGGAGAAAUUGUUUUCGGUGAAACAGAAAUUGAUGAAUCUUUAAUUACUGGUGAACCAUUACCAGUUUAUAAAAAAUUUAAAGAUAAAGUUAUUGGUGGUUCAAUUAAUGGACCUCAUUUAAUUCAUAUUAAAGUGAUUCAUACGGGGAAAAAAUCUCAAUUACAACAAAUUAUUAAUUUAGUUAAAGAAUCUCAAAUUAAUAAAGCUCCAGUACAAAAAUUUUCUGAUUAUAUUGCUGCUAGAUUUGUUCCAUUUGUAUUAUUAUUGGCAAUAUUUACAUUUAUAUUUUGGAUGAUAAUUUGUUUUACUAUUCAUCAAGAUAAAUUACCAAAAAUUUUUCAAAAUGAAAUUAAUGGGAAAUUUUUUGUUUGUUUAAAAUUAUCAAUUUCUGUCAUUGUAGUUGCUUGUCCUUGUGCUUUAGGAUUAGCUGCACCAACAGCAGUUAUGGUGGGUACUGGAAUUGGAGCUAUUAAUGGAGUUUUAAUUAAAGGUGCUAAAGUUUUAGAAAAAAUAACUGCAAUUAAUAUAAUUCUAUUCGAUAAAACUGGAACUUUAACUACUGGAGAAAUGUCUUUAGUUAAUUUCCAACCAUUAUUAUCAUCAUUAUCAAAAUCACAAUCAAAAUCACAAUCAAAAUCAAAAUCACAAUUAAAAUCACAAUUAAAAAUAUCUGAUUGGUGGAAAUUAGUUGGAUCAGUAGAAUGUCAUUCUGAACAUCCCAUUGGUAGAGCUUUAACUAAACUGGCUAAAUCAAAUUUAAAUUUAAAUUUUGAUGAUGAUCAUUUUGAUACAAUUGUUAAUGAUAUUAAUGUAUUGAUAGGAUUAGGAAUUCAAGCCAAUGUUACAUUAACAGGAGCAACAACAGUAGGAACAGAAACUAAUCAAUAUAAUGUAUAUGUUGGUAAUGAUAAAUUAAUUGAAGAAAAAUUCCCCAAUUUAUUAAACAAUAUUGAUGAAAAAUUAUUACAUUCAACAAAUACAGUUUCUCAUGUUAUUAUUGAUGGAGAAUAUAGUGGAUAUAUUGAAUUGACAGAUGCAUUAAAACCUGGUUCUUGGGAAGUGGUUAAUUAUUUAAAAAAUCAAGGCUAUAUUAUUGGUAUGGUCACAGGUGAUAAUCGUGGUGCUGCUUUAAAAAUUGCUCAAGAAGUGGGGAUUCCAUUUGAUAAUGUUUUUUAUGAAGUAUCUCCUAUUCAUAAAGAUAAUGUUAUUACUGAUUUACAUAAUCGUCUUGGAGGUAUCACCAAUAAUGGUAAUGUUAACGUUGCAUUUAUUGGUGAUGGUAUUAAUGAUGCACCAGCAUUAGCUAAAGCAGAUAUUGGUAUGGCAAUUAGUUCUGGUACUGAUAUUGCUAUUGAAAGUGCUGAUAUUGUAUUAAUUGGUGGACGUAAUAAUCAAACUGAUUUAUAUGGAGUUAUUAAUGCUUUAAAAAUUUCUACAACUACUUUCAAUAGAAUUAAAAUCAAUUUUUUAUGGGCAAUAAUUUAUAAUGUUUUCAUGUUACCAUUUGCUAUGGGAUGUUUUUUACCAUUGAAUAUUGUUUUACCACCAGUUGCUGCUGGUGCAGCAAUGAUGUUUAGUUCUCUUAGUGUUGUUUUCAGUUCAUUAUUAUUGAAAAGAUGGACUCCACCAAAAAUUGAAAUUAAGGAAACUUUUAUUAAUGAUGAUUUAGAAAUGGGAAAUAAUACUUUUGAUGGAUUUAGUUUGAAAAAUGGAACUUUAGAACAAUUUAAUAAUGUGAAAAGAAAAAGUGCCAUUAAUUUUAGUUCAUUAUUCGCCAAGAUGACAAGAAGAAGGAGAGGAGGAGGAGGAGGAGGAGGAAGAAGAAAUAAUAAUAAUCAAUCUUAUGAAUUAGUAUCCAAUAGGUUUUCAUGA